AACUGUACAUCGCGCUCGGGGGCUCCGCUGUCAGCCAAUGGCGACACGUUGUUUUACCCGUGACAUCAUCCGCCACUCCUCUUACUAAAGAAGGAAACAAACAUCCAUCCAGAAGGAACGGGAGACGGAGAGAGGAAGAGAGAGAGGUAGGAGGGCGAGGAAGGGAGAAUCAAACCCACCUAGAUCCGUCUGACACGAAGGACAACGACACACAGACACAGAUAGAAAGAGUAAAGGACCAGGACCUAAAACCCGCGACCUUUUUUCUUCUGCCAGGACAAACGGCCACUUUUCCCCCGUCUUCUCGCGAGAAACUUCAUCGUUUUUUAGCAGGUGAUGAUCUUGGAUUAUUGCUUUUUUUCUUAAGGAUGAAUUUUGAAGUGAGCUCAGCUUGUCGAGCAAUGGCCCAAGAGACGAACCAGAGCCAGGUGCCCAUGCUUUGUGCCACAGGCUGCGGUUUCUUUGGCAACCCAAGAACCAAUGGGAUGUGCUCCGUAUGCUAUAAGGACCACCUGACACGGCAGCAGAGCAGCGACCGCAUAAGCCCUCUCAGCCCUAUGGUCUGUUCUCACCUAGGCUCAGCUGGUAGUCUUACCUCAGAGGCCUCAGCCAUCCAGAGACUAGAAGCCAGUCUUGCCAAGGUUGAUGCCUCCCCUGCCUCUUCACCAGACAUGUCUAGAACUGUUCAAGGAUCUCUUCCUGUGACCCAACAAAUGACAGAGAUGAGCAUCUCGAGAGAAGAGCCAGAACCUUUAGAGCCUGUUGUAAACCAGCCUGCUGCUUCUAGCCCUUCUCCUGUAGCUUCUUCCAGCAGUGAAGAAGGCAAGGGUGACACCCCAAAACCCAAGAAGAAUAGGUGCUUCAUGUGCCGCAAAAGGGUGGGCCUUACAGGGUUCGACUGUCGCUGUGGCAACUUGUUCUGUGGCAUCCACCGGUACUCCGACAAGCACAACUGUCCCUAUGAUUACAAGGCUGAGGCUGCCGCCAAGAUCCGUAAAGAGAACCCUGUGGUGGUGGCUGAGAAGAUCCAGAGAAUAUAGAUUUUACAAAACAGAAGCAGCAACAAUGACAACACCUAUAACAAAGACUGGAGAAUGAGUGUGAACCUUUUUGAAAGGAGCACUGGCAUGAGUGACGAAGUGAGGAUCGAAAGGACUUGAUUUACAAAAUUACAACCUCAAGAAAAUGAUGGAAAAAAGAAGAAAAAAUCAAAAGAUCCUGUCUGAGGGAGAUGCAUGAAUGAUCACUUUCCUCUUUAUUUUGAUUAAUUCAUUAGUUUGUUUUAUCCUACUUUCUGUGGUGUGACUUUGCGGCUGUUCAGUCCUCUUUUAAAAAAAAAAAAUAUAUGUAUUGUCUUAUUAAGAGCAGCCCAGGCUAACUGUCAAGGAUAUGGUGUGCUCCUCUCACCCAAACCAGGCGCCAUUUUGUGCCAAACCACAGACAGCCAUUUUACUAAGACCCUGUCAUGUGUCAGACACAAGCAUGUCUUUCAAAGCAUUCAGACUACACAGUAACAGUCCACACGAGUUGUGUCCCUCAACCUUUUGAACUUCUUUUGUGCUCCGUUGGUACUGGAGAACCGUACAACUGUCCCCCACCAUGCACAAGGGGCUUUGUUACUUUGUCUAUGUCUUUCCUAGCUUUACCUACCUCACAGCUGCUGUGUUAAGCUUCGUUGUCUUCCCUUUUACUUUGUUUUCAUCAGCUUUGACCCCAGCAGAACCAUGGAUCAUCUUGAUAGUCAGCCUCAGUGACCCUCUGAUCAGCAUGUCUGUGUUGACUUUGAUUGGUUUGAUUGUGAUGAGGCUGUUUCCAAUAUGGCUGGAGGUAUCAUGCUAGACAGGGACAAACAAAUUACUCCUCCAAGUUUCACUAAAUCUAAACAUUUUCAAUGGACGUGAUGGGUAAAGGAGUUCCCCAACUGGUCUGAGCCCAUAUUGUAAUUGCAGACUCCUGGUGCAUGGCUGUGUGCACUGAUGUAUGGCCUGAGAGGAAGGAUGGCACCCUUCCCUUGAAGGCCUGGUUGGUGGAUUUAAGCAACAAUAUUGUAGGAGCAUGAAUGAAUGGGAUAAACACAUGAGUUACUCUUCAUCUGCAUUAGUGUUUCAGAAAUAUUUGGCAUCACUCAACUUAGGGUUUCACACAUUUUAUUUGCUCGGAGACAAUUAUCUGUUUGUUUUAUUAGUUUGUUUUUCUCUCUUCCAUUGAUAUUGUACUGAUGUUAGCGCAUGCAUUCAGUGCAUUUGUGGAAUUAGGGUAUGUGAACCAUGAUUUUUUUAAACAUUUUAAAUAUGCUAACAGAACAUUCAUGUGAGCACAGUGAGUGAGUGAGUGAGUGAGUGUGUGUGUGUGUGUGUGUGUGUUUCCCCAACCUUUUUGUCUGUGGAGCUAUCCGGUUUAUCAGCACAUGUUUACAGAACUACAGGAGCAUGCCAGAGCUAGAUUUAUGAAAAAUAAUAGAUAACAAGAUUAGAUGUAACUUCUUAUCUGUCCAACAGCUAUUGGUCUUUAUGGCUGCUUUAGAGCCCCAUAGAGAAGUGUGCGUGUGUGUGUGUGUGUGUGUGUUUUCAUGGCUGCCUGACACAUUGAAGCCCGUGUAUGUUUGUGACUUGUGUUAAUCCCUUGUUUUCUCCCCCUGUAAGGAUGUUUGAUUGUUUUCAUUUAAAAGACAACUGUAUGUAUCAGUUUUGAGUUUAUCCUUUCCGAUUCUUAGUUAUAUGCAAAUUUGUACAAAAAAUGAAAAAACAACAAACUGUGUUGAUAUUUAUGUAUUACAUAUAAUCUUGCUAUCCAGCAUUACGACAGAAUAGUAUCAUGUAAAUAAAACUGUACAGAGAGACGUUA